AUGGAUAAAGCAGUCGCAUGCGUUAAGGCUAUUGUUGCUAGGAGAAGCACCAACGAUCCGAUCAUCGGCCGAACUCGUAGCCGCUCGUUUGGCGUAGCGCGCGAUAGCGACGUCAAGAUGAUGGAUCUUAUGCGUGAAAAUGGACUGAAAAUUCUGGAUACGAUCGAAAGUAAAACCGUUCAAGACGAACGAGGCGUGCAGAUUGUGAUACGGCAAUGUAGUUUUGAGCGAGAGAAUUCGAGGGGCGUUAUUGACCGUUACUCACCGAUAGAAGCAGCGAAAUAA